AUGACAGAUUUACCUGCAAUUAUCCAGGAUGACAACAAGAUUGCUUUUGUCUAUGACUACUUGGACCAGUUUUACAAUGAUAAACUUUAAAAUUUGGAAUUGAAGUAUCAGAAAAUGAGUCCUGUACAAGCCUCUCAUCUAGAAAUUGAGAAAUACAAUAAGCUGAUAGCUAAUUCAAAUAAUAUGAGAGAGUCUAUGAAUAUGAGUUAGAUUUCAAAAGGCCUCGGCUUGAGUUCUACAGGUCAAAUGAGUAAUAAUUCAGGCUCUUAUAAAAAGCAAAAGCAAAGUUUUCUGAUUGAUGGGGAAGGACUGAAUUUAAUAUCACUUGAUAGAAAACCUAAGACCCUCUCCAAAAUAAAGAUUCAUAAUAUCAGAAUGUAGAGAGUGAAAAGAGAUAAUAGUGACUAUGAUACCUAUGACUCAGAUGAUAAAAGCUCUAAGAAUCCAGCUCUUUUAAAUAGCAACUUUGGACUAUCAGGAAGUAUCACUUACAAUUAAAAUAUUUAAGAUGGUGAUCCUUACAAGACAAAUCUUUAGGAUUAACAUAACAUUUCCUAAAAGUUUCGCAUCAGUCGAGAAAGCUAUUCCAUGGAUAAAUUCAAUUAGUCUAAGCCAAUACUGGCAAGUAUAUACAACAAUAAUAAUAGUUAUGUUUCAAAUACUACUAACAACAGAAUGUAUUCAAAACCUACAAAAAUAAUCAAGAAUAAUUACAGUUAUGGUGGAAGUGGAGUAGGCAUUAAUUAUGAUAAUUAUUAUAAUCCCUCCGACACUGGUUAUAACUUUCAGCCAAGAUUAAAAGAUGAGGAUGAAGAUAGUAUUUUUCAAACACAGCUACCUAACAGCAUUUCUCUGAAUGACUAUAAUAAUCUUAGGCACUCAGGACAUCAAAGGCAAAGAGAUAAGCUUCAGGAAAAGGAUUCUUAUUUCAAAGCAAAUAGAUCUUAAUUCGAGAAAAAUGAUAACAUUAUUAAUAAGACUAAGAAAAAUUUUUGGGCAAAAAUCAACCAUAAACCAGGAUUCCCAAAGCUGAAUCAUAAACUCCUCAACAUUAACAAUGUAAGUGUGUAAUCACUAGAAUAGAAUAAAACUAAGCAGCUCUGA